GGAUCAGUGGGCGCUGAGCCACAGAAGUUGCUGCUCGUCUCACCUCAGGGUGACACUCCGGUGUUGUGGGAGAACCGUCGCUGCAUUUUCUCGUCAGGAGCCGGCGUGUUGAACAGAAGCAGGUCAGAAAGGAGAGGGUGAGAAAAUGUUCAGACUCCUCAGUCACCGAAGCAAGAGGCUGCCGAGCUGCCUCACAAGCCAGCGGCGCUAUGCACACCACAGGGCCGUCAUGGCCAUCCGUCGGGAGGACAUCAAUCCCUGGGAGAGGAGGGCGCCGCUGGCCCCUCGCCACGUCAAGGAGCUGACCAAUGCUGGCGUCAAAGUCCUAGUCCAACCCUGCAACAGCAGAGCUAUUCAUGAGAAGUACUACUCGAAGGCCGGGGCCAUGAUUCAGGAGGACAUCUCGGAGGCGUCGCUUAUAAUCGGAGUGAAGAGGCCGUCUGAGGACAAGGUCAUUGAGAGGAAGACGUACGCCUUUUUCUCCCACACUAUCAAGGCCCAGGAGGCGAACAUGGGGCUCCUGGGCGAUUUACUGAAGAAGGAGGUUCGUCUUAUUGACUAUGAGAAGAUGGUCGAUGCUAAUGGCUACCGGAUAGUCGCAUUUGGCCAGUGGGCGGGUGUCGCAGGAAUGAUCAACAUUUUGCAUGGAUUAGGGCUGCGUUACCUGGCUCUUGGCCACCACACUCCCUUUAUGCACAUUGGCAUGGCUCAUAACUACAGGAACGUCAGCCAGGCCGUCCAGGCAGUGAGGGAUUGUGGUUAUGAGAUCUCCAUGGGCCUAAUGCCCAAAUCCAUCGGUCCUGUCACGUUUUGUUUCACCGGAACCGGCAACGUCUCCAAGGGAGCCCAAGACAUCAUCAAUGAGCUUCCAGUUGAAUAUGUCGAACCUCAUGAGUUGAAGGACGUCUCAGAGACUGGAGAUAUGUCAAGAGUUUACGCCACUGUUCUGAGCCGACACCACCACCUGAUGAGGAAGAGCGACGGCAUCUAUGACCCACUGGAGUAUGAGAUCCACCCGGAGCUGUACACCUCCCACUUCAGAACCAGCGUGGCGCCGUACACCACCUGUCUGAUCAAUGGUAUUUACUGGGACCCCCACACCCCACGACUGCUCAGGCGCCUCGAUGCCCAGAAACUGAUGCGAGCUCCCAAAACCUUGUCUGCAGCCAUCGGCGGAUCACCACGGCUGCCACACAAGCUGCUGGCAAUCUGUGAUAUAUCAGCUGACCUGGGAGGCUCUAUAGAGUUCAUGACUGAAUGCACCACCAUUGAUAGGCCUUUCUGUAUGUACGACGCUGACCAGCACAUAGACCACGACAGUGUGGAGGGAAACGGUGUCCUCAUGUGCUCCAUUGACAAUCUUCCUGCUCAGCUCCCAAUCGAAGCCACAGAGUACUUUGGAGACCGCCUCUUCCCUUACAUCUGGGAGAUGCUGCCAUCAGACGCAACCAGACCUUUGGAGGAAGAAGAAUUCAGCCCACAAAUCAGAGACGCUGUCAUCACCUCAAACGGAGCACUCACCCCAAAGUUUGAAUACAUUGAAAAACUUCGAGAAAGAAGGGAGAAGGCUCAGAUCCUGAACAAGACUGGGAUGAAGCGAGUUCUGCUGUUGGGUUCAGGAUACGUCACUGGACCCGUUGUUGAGUACCUGACUCGCAAUGAGAUGAUCCAGGUCACUGUGGCGUCGAUGCUGCUGAAGCAGGCGGAGGCGCUGGCAGCCAAAUAUCCAAACGUCAUCCCCAUCACGCUGGAUGCCAGCAGCCAGGAGGGACACCUCGACUCUCUGAUCAAAGAUCAUGACUUGGUCAUCAGCAUGCUGCCGUACACACUCCACCCGCUCAUCGCCAAACACUGCAUCAAGAGGAAGGUAAACCUGGUGACCGCCAGCUACCUGAGUCCUGCCAUGAAGGAGCUGCAGAGCAGUGCGGAGGCGGCUGGCGUCACCAUAGUGAAUGAGAUGGGACUAGACCCGGGUAUCGACCACAUGCUGGCCAUGGAGUGUAUCGACAAGGCCAAAGCCGAAGGCUGCAUGGUGGAGUCCUACAGCUCUUUCUGUGGUGGUCUUCCUGCUCCGGAAUGUUCAGACAAUCCUCUCCGCUACAAGUUCAGCUGGAGUCCGUACGGUGUCCUCCUCAACACCAUCAGCCCAGCCGUCUUCCUCAAAGACAACCAGGAGGUGAGCAUCCCGGCCGGCGGCAAUCUGAUGGACUCCACCAUGCCACUGGAUAUCUUUCCUGGUUUCAACCUGGAAGGAUUUCCCAAUCGUAACAGCACCAUAUAUGCAGAGUCGUACGGCAUUCAGACCGCACACACACUGAUCAGAGGAACCCUGCGCUUCAAGGGCUUCUCCAAGGCUAUGAGUGGUUUUGUCAAACUGGGUCUGAUAAACAGCGAGCCCUGUCCCAUCCUGCAGCCCACUUCAUCUCCCGUUUCCUGGAAAGAGCUGCUCUGUAAGCAGAUCGGAUUGUCCUCUUCUCUGUCCCAGGCGGCCUUUGAAGAAGCCGUAUAUGAACACAUUGAAAAAGAUGAUUUCAGAAUGGACAGUCUGAGAUGGUUUGGGAUGCUGAGCGACGAGGCAGUGCCUCAGGCCGACAGCGUUCUGGCAGCUCUGACAAGACAUCUGGAGGCUAAGCUCUCAUUCAAUAAGGGUGAGCGAGACAUGAUCAUCUUGAGGAACGACGUGGGGGUUCGCCACCCGACUGGCGAGCUGGAGACUAAACACGUCAGCCUGGUGGUUUAUGGUGACCCUAAUGGUUUCUCUGCCAUGGCUAAGACUGUAGGAUACCCAACAGCCAUUGCUGCUCGCAUGGUCCUUGACGGCGAAAUCAACACGAAGGGUCUGGUUGCUCCGAUGACAAAGGACGUCUAUGGGCCGAUCUUGGACCGACUGAGGCAAGAAGGACUUCGCUUCAUGUCCAAAAGCACCUUGGAGGAGGAGUAGAAGUGAACUAAAGAGAACCAUUAACUCCCUGUAAAUCCUGUCCAGCACAAAUACUGUAUAAAAUCCACAUGCUAUCUGUUGCCUUUACAACAACUUUAUCAAAACAUGAUCUUAGUCAUUUGUUUAUGUAUAUAUAUAAUGGUAAAAGUUGAAAAAUGUUUUGAUAACCAAAAGUUAUAUCUAUUGUGUUAAAAUGAAACUUUGGCUAUUUAGUAAUCUUAAUAUAAGCUUCCCUAGUUUGGCUGAAUUUGCUCUGUUUCAGAGAAAAAUUCUUCUGUGAAGAUGAAUAAAAAGUUCACUGAUCAAAAACAAUUUUUAGCAUAAUAAAUUUAAAGCAUUUAAAAGCAAAUACAUUUCCUAAUUGUCCAAAAUAUUGUAAAACUGAAGACACUAGGUCUGCCUGGGAUUUAAAACUAAUUUUCCCAAAGACUAAAAAUGUUGCUUUCGGCAUCAGUCAUAAAAAAGUCAUGUCAUACAAAGCAUACUUGUUGUCACCUAUAAAAAAACGACAAAGCAUUGAAAUGUUCAGAGGGCAAUGGUAGCAAUGCUUCCUGCUUUUCUUAACCUCGUGCAAUCAAAGUUGUGUGAAGUGUCAGUCAGAAAUUAACAAAACUUUAAAAGGUUUCCAUGGUAACUGUCUUCUUUUCCUGUCAACAAAAUGUCUGUGUUACUACUGGUUUCUUUAUGAAUUAAAAACAACAACAAACAUA